AUAUUUACGUGGCUGACAGAUGACAAUAAAGGUCCGAAAUUCCGAAUUCGGAUCCGAUACCGACAUCGAAAUAAAUUUUAUUCUAUUUAUUAUAAGUAAUUCACAUAUAAAUGUUUUAAAACUAAUGUAAUUUUCAAGUCGGCUAUAAAAAUGGGCCUUUGUAAAUGUCCAAAACGACGGGUGACUAACCAGUUUUGUUUCGAACACAGAGUAAAUGUUUGUGAAUAUUGCAUGGUUACAAACCACCCAAAGUGCAUCAUACAGUCAUACCUUCAGUGGCUACAAGACAGUGAUUAUAAUCCUAUUUGUGAAAUAUGUACAAAGCCUCUAUCUGAAGGCGAAUGUAUUCGGCUCACUUGUUAUCAUGUAUUUCACUGGGAGUGUGCAGAGUCAAGAUAUCGGGCACUGCCCCGCACGACUGCACCAGCAGGCUACCAGUGCCCCUCCUGUGCUACUCCCGUGUUCCCCCCACAGAACCUUGUGUCUCCUGUGGCUGAUGUGCUCAGAGAAAAACUGGCUGGUGUUAACUGGGCCAGAGCUGGUCUUGGCCUACCUUUGCUUUCAGAGGAUCAAGAUUUGAAAGGUGCAGCUGGCAGACGAAGCCAGUCGCCCAAUGAGACACAGUUCUUUGCUAACUCUAUUGAUCAUCAAAGAGGUGCUCCGGCAGGGGCCAGUGAUGAUGAAUCCACUAACAGGUCUGCAGCCAGCACUCCACAUUCCAUUGUACAAAUUCCAGAUGAGCCUGUCAAUAUUUAUGAUGGAACAUCAGUAAAAAGAAGUGAUGCACUGCAAGGUGCUCAAGCAUCGAGGAAAGGAUACAAAUCUUUGGAUCAGAAACCAUUGUUAAACUUUGACCAUGACGAAAAUAAAUAUAAACAAAAAUCAACAUUUGCUUGGAUCAGCCGUUGGUGGAAUUUCUUUUUCAGAAAUACCCUUCCAUCAUCCCAAGCAAGAAGAGCUGGUGGCAUUUAUAGAAGAUACUGGAUCCUGUUUUUUGUGGUUGUUGCUGUUCUUGUAAUCCUACUAUUGCUGAGUCACAGAGAUGUAGAUGAUGACAAUCCUUUUGGAUCAAUACAAGACGAUGACAGAAGGAUAUUGCAAAAAAAUUAAUAUUUCCAUUAACAUUAUUUAUAUUUAUGCUAGUAGGUAAUACAAUAUCAAAUCAAGCAAUCUUUAGUGAUACAAUUGUUCUUCUACGCCCUUAGUAUAAGAUUUGCACUCUCUAAAAUUCAAUUUUGAGUAUUAAAAAAGUACAAUGCCAAAGUAAAAUGGACACUUGAAUAAUUGUGAGCAUGCAAAUCAUACUAACAGUUCAUUUAUAAAUAAAAUAAUUACCAUUUCA